AUGUAUUAUUCGAUAUUAAGCGAGAAAUUCGAUGGCAGGAUUCUACUUGAUUUCAGCAUAAACAAACCUCUCGACUCACACGGUGAUCUUUUCUACAAUCUUCUAUUGAAAGAUGUAACUGACGAGAAGCUAUACAAUUCGAUAGUUAAUGUUCGAGAUAACAAAACGUCUCUGAAGAAUUUAUCGCAUCUGAUUUAUCUUUUCCCCUGGUCAAUUCAACAUAAAUUCCUCCCUCCUACCAUUAAUUCUAACAUUUAUGAAAGUAAUCUUGAAAAUGGCUUGGCUGUUCCGAAUAAGGAAAAAAACCUUUUGAAAAAAGAGCUGGCCAAUUACAUUAAAGGCUUUAAAAGGUUAGGUAUGAUUUCAAGUGAUUUACUGAACUUGAGGUUGAUUGGGUUUACCAGCAGGAACAACUUGGUUUACUCGAGGGUCAGGGAGCUUUGCAUGAAUGACGUUGAGGUCAAAUUGGUUUGUAAAAUAGGGCUCAAGAUAGUUGAAUACCUCGGAAAGGUUGUAUUUUUUGACAGGAAUUUAAACAUUUUACUACUGAAUGGGAUUUUUACUUACAUAAAGUUUGUAUUAAUUAUUACAUUAAUUUUUAACUAUUUUACAGGAACGACAUCAUCAUGGCAAUUGUUUACUGAGGAGUUGUAUUUUAAAUUACUUGGCCAUCAGCUCCUUGAAAAAUGGCUUAAUUUCAUUUUUGAGCAGUUUAUAUAUUCUUCCUUUAUUUCCAGUUGUUUUUAUAUGCUUUACUAUGCACUUUCUCAGCAUCUUCAGUUCUCUCGGGUUCAAAUCCCGCCUCUCGCUACUAGCUUCUAG